AUGUCCGUUCCUCGGACAUUUGACCGGACGUCUUACCAACCAGCCCCCUUGGCCAUGGAUGCAACCAUCAACGGCGCCUUUGAGGCUUUAGACGGCAUCCAUUUCGACUUUCAACCAUUCACUGUGCAGGAAGCCCUCCGGGAGGAUUCGGCAACCCUCGAACGACAGAGAUUCUCCUGGGAAACUCCGUCAGCAUCUUUACAUCAAGCUAUUUCCGGUGAUACUCUCGCCAGUGAUGAACAGUCACAGCUCUAUAUCUGUUCUCCUUCUUCCGUCGUUUGGAAAUCCCACGAACAUCUUCGUUCCAUUCUACCAGAGGAAAUCACUGGAACCUUUGUAAACAGUCGCGAGAGCCUUGAUCAACGGGUGCAUCGGUGGCUCUUGGAGCUCCCUGAUAUUCCAUGGUUGGAUGUAAGAUAUGUGGAUGCCCUAGAGGAAAGCAGCGAAGACGAAACUUCAUCAACGACUGAUACUGAACAACCAAGGGAGUCUAUUCCCGGAACCGAGGGUCUCUUAAACUACCUGGACUUCUUGGACACAUGCUAUGAAAGCAUACAACCUACAAGUCCAACACAUGGAUAUGUAGACUACGGAAAGCCUGACCUUCACGACGCCACGGAUUUUACAACAGGCCUCGAUGCAUACCACCUGACCCUGCUACAAAUGGACUCAUCUUCCGCUUUCGCUACAAAGGUUGACGGGAAGUUUCGACCAUCGAUGCGACGACGAUACCCUCGGGGCCUGGAAAAGGAAGCACGCAAAAGAGCGAUUACUGUAGCGUUUAUUACAAAAUUUGCCGACUUGGAGGACUGA